AUGUCUCAUGAAUGGCGCAUGCAUGCAGACAGCAGCCCCCUGUUCGCGGAGUACCUUCUCCUUGCCGGAGAGGUGGGCUGGGGUGAGCUGGUCAGUACGGAGGACAUGGCCAUCGGCCAGGGAGACAUUCUGAUUGUCGAAAACAUGCAGAAUGACUUCGUUGAGGUUGACCCGGUAAAUCCGCGAGGAGGCGCCUUUGCGGUGGCAGAGGCGAGCGCCAUCUGUCCACAGAUUGCCCGUCUCAUCGAACACUUCGCUGUGCGUGGUGGGGAGGUGAUUCUCACAAGAGACUACCAUCCAAAGCAGCACUGCUCCUUUAUACCACAGAAGGGCCCUUUCCCUCCGCAUUGUGUACAGGGCACAGUGGGCUCACAUUUUUAUGAGCCCAUAGCUGCUUGCGUACAGAAGCUGUACAGCGGAGACGCGCCCUACAGCGACCAGGUAAAGAUUGCCUUCAAGGGCUUUCAUGAGGAGGUAGAUUCCCUCGGCUCGUUUGAGUAUCCGGAUGAACAGAGCACGUGGGAGAGAAUCUCCCACGCAGAAGAGCCCAACGAGAGAAAGCUGCACGGCUAUCCACUUGCGGCGUGGACUGGAGCAGUCCUGCUCGAUUCGUCGAAUCAGGCUAGUGAUGUCAAUGCACCGCCCGACAUCAUGUCGGUGUUCAGACGCGAGACUCUACAGUCUUGGCUGCGGCACCGUGGGACGAAUCGUAUCUUUGUCUGUGGGCUGGCAAUGGAUUACUGCGUGCUUGACACCGUGGCCAACGCAGUUAGCGCAGGAUUCCGGCAUGUCCACAUGAUAAUGGACGCUUCGCGAGCGGUUCACCUCCCUAGCAUGGGCAAGUUCGGCACUGGCUUCUUCAGCGAUCCGGGGGACAUCCAGAAGCAGCUGAAGGCUGCGGGAGUGACUGUCGUUCCGACGGCAGCGCUCCUGCCAGGCUUCGUUCCUUACAACCCAGUUGGUGAGAAGGAGAUGCUGAAGUACGGCUUUCCAAAGACGCUGGGACCCUUCGCCCUGGUCCGCACGAAGAAGCUGGCCCUCUUCGUCGACCGCGAGAAGAAAACCUACAAGGCGAAAGCUCCGCUGGAAGAGAUCCGGCAGCUGGAAGCCAACGGCAUGUCUGCAACAGGCACCAUUGCCGCGCCAUCACCGCUGACCUUGCCAGAUCAGGUGAAGAAAGUGCUCGGCAUUCCGAUGGAGGCCGUUCAGUUCUGCUGGGCCUAUCCUGUGGGUGGAGGAAAGUGGUCGGAGCAGGCUUUGGCGUACUUUUCGAUUACGACCCCCAGCUCUGCCUUCUUCGUGUACGGGGGCUACAUUUACUUCGACAAACAUGGCAGGGUGGUGGCAAUGUGUGCCAUCUCCCUUGGGAAUGGCCUGCUCUUCGAGGAGGGCAAGCCUUGGGAUCCACGUUUCUCUGCAGCCCUGGAGGGCCGCUGGGUGCGUGUCACCGUGCCCUACAUCCUCGACAAAGGAGGGCGCCACUUCGCGUGGGUCAACGGCGGGGAGGUUCUACAGCCCCCAUGCAAGGAAGUGCUCGGAGGUGAAGUGUGGCAGGCACCUCCAAAUGGUUGCUUCGUUUAUCUCUUCAGCGAGUCCCCAUCCCUUUCUGACGAGCGGGAUGUGUACUUCCCAGUGGCCGGAGCAGGGCAGGGCCACAAGUGUUUUGGCCGCGUUGGCAUCAGCGAAGAGGAGACUGUGAAGCAGCUCCGCCGUAUGAUUGGUGGGGAGAAGGUAUGCGAGGUCAGUGUCGGUAAGGUCAUGAAGGCCCUUCAAGAGUGGGAUGCAAAUCUUGAUGGGAAGAUCAGCGAGGAUGAGAUGACGACAGUCUUGAAGACUCUGAAUCCAAAGAUCUCCUCGGAAAGCAUGCGCCGGUUGUUCUCACAAGCAGACCUCAACAAGGACGGAUCAAUUGAUGUCGAAGAGCUUGUGAAGUGGCUCUGGCCAAGAGAUUCAGAAUGA